UUCACUUCCUAGCUAGUCAGCCUCAGCCACGGCAGGCUCCUAUCUUACUGAGGAGCGGUGUGUCCGGCACCGAAGUCCACCUCUCCCUACAGCACCCGGCAGGGAGUCAACAAUCAGCAGCAAGGGGACGGAUGGGCAGAGCAGAACUUGUAGGAGGGAGCAUGAGUACCCAGGACCCCUCAGAGCUGUGGGGGCGAUCCGAUGGAGGAGCAGAGCUGCUCCAGGACUUGGGAUGGUAUCACGGCAACCUCACAAGGCAUGCGGCUGAGGCGCUUCUUCUCUCCAAUGGACGUGAUGGUAGUUACCUGCUAAGGGACAGCAAUGAGCAGACUGGACUCUAUUCUCUCUCUGUGAGAGCCAAAGACUCUGUCAAACACUUUCACGUCGCAUACACUGGGUACUCAUUUAAAUUCGGCUUCAAUGAAUAUUCAACUUUAAAGGAUUUUGUCAAGCAUUUUGCAAAUCAGCCUUUGAUCGGAAGUGAGACAGGGACUCUGAUUGUUUUGAAACAUCCCUAUCCAAGACAAGUAGAAGAACCUUCCAUUUAUGAAUCAGUCCGGGUCCACACAGCAAUGCAGACAGGAAGAACAGAAAAUGACCUCGUGCCCACUGCACCUUCUCUUGGCACCAAAGAAGGCUACCUCACCAAGCAAGGCGGCCUGGUAAAGACCUGGAAAACAAGAUGGUUCACUUUGCAAAGGAAUGAACUGAAGUAUUUCAAAGACCAGAUGUCACCAGAACCAAUUCGCAUCCUGGACCUGACGGAGUGCUCUGCCGUGCAGUUUGAUUACUCACAGGAAAGAGUAAACUGUUUCUGCUUAGUGUUUCCAUUCAGGACAUUUUAUCUCUGUGCAAAGACAGGAGUUGAAGCCGAUGAAUGGAUCAAAAUACUGCGAUGGAAGUUGUCAAAAAUAAGAAAACAGCUGGACCAAGGAGAGGAUACUGUCCGGUCGCGGUCAUUCAUCUUCAAAUAGAACUUUCUUGACUCAGGGGCAAGGUGGAAUGUUCCAGGUGCUCUGAUCUGCGGCAGGCUUCAGAGGAAAGGUCAUUAAGGAUUUUCCUCUGAAAACAAACACAAAGUAGACUGUGGUCUGGUGCUCUACACUGUUUGCUGAUUCAUGGAAAACAGCUGGUGGGACCGGCCAUCCGCUCUACAACACGGAAGCAGCACCCACUGAUGGAAACCGCCUAACCUCCACUUCCAGGUGGAGUCACUCAGAACACAGUGCAAGAUGAAGAGCUUGUUCGUGCUCACGGUGGCUUAGGCUUGUUGACUUUGGCUGCCUGGCAUCCUGCCCCAGAUCACCGGCCAGCACAACUAAGCUUCGGUUGUGUAAGGAAACAGUGGUCAUGUUGGGGCUCAGGCUGCCCUUUUAGGAAGCAAAUUAAGAUAAUAAACACCAAGGACUUUCCAAGGAGGGGCUGCUUGUUUUGUUUAUAUACCAAACCUCACAUAGGGCUGAAGGGUGGCUCGGCCACUAAAAGGGCAUCUGCUCUUGCAGAGAACAUAAGUUCAAUUUCCAGGACCCACAAACACCUGUAAUCCAGCUCCCAUGCCACUGACCUCCUUGGGGACCUGCACUCAGGCAAACACACUCCCUCACACAUAUGCACAUAAUGCAAUAAUAAUAAUAAUUAAAGAUAGUUUCCAGCUGGGUAGUGGUGACGCAUGCCUUUAAUCCCAGAACUCAGGAGGCAGAGACAAAAGGAUCUCUGUGAGUUGGAGGCCAGCCUGGUCUAUAAAGUUCCAGGACAGGCUCCAUAGCUACUGAGAAACCCUGUCUCGAAAGACCAAACAACAAUUUCCAAAAUGAAAAUGUAAAAAUGUUCAUAUUUGUUUCUCCUUUCAAAAGGCUUAGAAAUCAGGCUGGUGAGGUGGUUGUAAGCCAUCUUAGCAUUUGCCAUGCCAUGGUUGACAACCUGAGUGGGAUCCCCCAAAACUCACAUAAAAGGUAGGAGAGAACCAACUCCAGAAAGUUGUUCUUUGAUUUCUACAUGUAUGUCAGCAUGGGUGCCCCACAGCAUACACACACACACACACACACACACACACACACACACACACACACACACACGCACGCACGCACACACACACACACACACACACACACACCACACACAUCAAUUUUAAAAGCUUAGAAAUCCAUUGGAUCCUUUACUGCUAAAGCUAAACUGUGAGAACUAGAUAGGAAAAAGUAAAUUAAUGUGUAAUAAAGGGUGAGAAUGUUUUAAACAGCAUGAAAAUGCACUUUGAGGAAGGGUGACAAGCUGUGGGUGACUUUUAGUUUAAUGAUUAUCAUUACAAAUGUAACACACUUAUAAGACUAAGCUUUCUUUGGCAGCCAUUUCUUCAAAUUGAUAGAGACUUCUCCAUAAAGGCUGCCCUCUGUGUCUUUCCAGGAUCGGUUGUAAGAGUAGCCCUGGGCAGCACCCCACGAUUAUCGAAGGGCACUUUCUGUCAUGUAGCUGUUGCGAAGUUGCAAACUAGAGUAUGAGGAUUGAAUUGGAAUGAAGUACUGGUAUUCAUGGGCCAUGGGUAGAUUCUUAGCUCCUACUAUCAUUGUUGAUGUGGCUUUUAACAACAGUUAGAAGUGACACAAAUGGGUGACAAGCCAGCAAGUGACGCAGAGCUGAUGGAACUGUUCUUUCGGUUCGCCAAUGUGACAGAGGUCUUGAGCCAACAGCGUACAGGAAUAAUUGACUUCACUUCAUGGUUCUCAAUGUUUCAGCUCGCCAUGGUUAGUGUGUGGUGUAGCUGCUCAUAUCACAGCAGGCAGGAAGCAGAGCAAGGCAGCAACAGGAGAGAGAGGAGGCAGACAGAGACCCCAGGAACCCGUUGUGAGUGGUGUACUUCCGACCAGGGCCCAUCCUCCACACUCUUCGACAUCCUAGUAGUCUGUUCGAAUUCUGAUCCAUUUGGAUGAAAUGAAUGGACCGUAGUGCCUUCAAAGACAUACCCACAAGGUGUUUCCUGGUAUUCCUCAGGUUGGCAUCAAAAUUCAUUCAUAGUACCUUAUUAAAUAUUUUCCCCUGUUGUUAAAACAGCUAAGACUCAGAAAUUGUUUUCCCAAGAGGGCUUUUGGAGUUGGGUUGUUGAUCACUGGGUAGAAUACUUACCUGUCUGACUACAGGGGGGGGGCAUUUAUUAUGCUUAUUUUAUAUGGAAUAAACCAAGAUCAACAUAAAAUGUAUUUGUCAAGUUUGCAAAAUAAGGAGUAACAAUGGCCCCUCCCUGAGAUGUAUGGCUUUGUUUCCUUAGAAACAGUCUUUCUUCAUGUGUGAAAUAUUCUUUUUACCUUCUGUAAAAUGUUUAUUUAUAUCCUUUGGUUUUGUUUAUUAAAUAAAAAGUACAUGAUUUUGUUGUA